CCUGUGGAUCCUGGAAGAAUGAAUUAUUUGGAGCUGAAAGUUGAUUCUAAAGCAAGGAGCGGCCCAGUUAUGCUUGAAGGUUAUCAUGCCAAAGAUGUGUCCUUUUGGGUUGGAGAAAUGACAGAGUUUGAUCAAAACGUGUCAAAAAUGGUAUGAAAUAGUCACGUUAAAAAUUUUCUUGAAGCAAGAGCUAAAUUAUUUACUCAAAGCCUAUGUAUAGAAUGUUGCAUACUGAUUAUCUAACAACCAAUUUACAAGUGUACCUGUAGAAUUUUUCGUUUUAGCGACAUUCCGAAGGACUGCCACCAGAAAGACAAGAUACAAAAUCACAACGACAAUAUUGGAACUUUAUUGUAUACCAGAAUUUUGAUGCGAAAAAUCAACAGAAACUAGUCGAUAGCACUCACUUCAUAAUAAACACUACAGAUCAAGCCAUUAUAUUUAGAACUGACAUUUCGAUUCUUUAUCAGUGGUGGUUUUAUUUAAUAAUAGCAGUUUGUGCAAUGACUAUUGGCUUAGUCAUAUUAUCUUUCAAAAAAUCAAGAAAUGGCGAGAUCACUCCUUUAUUAAGUUAAAAACAACUGUCAAUAUGUAAAUAAAGCUAUAUACGUGCCGUGUUAUAAGUUCACAGCUGAAAUUGUAAAUUUGAAAAAUUUUUAAUUACAUGAAAAUCAAUCAGAAUCGGCGUAUCUCAAACACUUAUAACUCUAAUAUCGUCAAUUACUAGACAAAAUGUUAAUGUUUUUGAGUUAGUAAAGAUAACCCGCGUGUUUUCUGUCUACCACUAUACGUUUUAUCAGUCAGUAUUGUGCUUUCAAGACCACUGCCUUUCAAUCAGUUUUUCAAACAUCAAUGAAAACAUUAUUAUAUUUGUUGUAAACGAAAAUGUCUUUAAAAAAGUUUAUACUGUUCAAACUAAUUUUGUUGUUUCCUGAUAUACAAAGUUUGAAAGUAAUAGAAACAAGUUAUGGAAGAGUACGUGGAAUAACGGAAUGGUCAGAUGACAAUAAUCACAAGUAUAUGUUUAAAAGUGUACCGUUUGCCAAGCCGCCAAUAGGAAAGUUGCGAUUUGCACCUCCACAGUAUCCGGAUUCAUGGAGCGGUGUUCUCGAUGCAUCAAAGUAUAGUCCUGCGUGCUUGAGCAACUCAUCGACAACUAGCACUCCACAAGAACACGUCAGCGAAGAUUGUCUGUACAUAAAUAUUUUCACUAGCGAAAAAUGUUUGAGGUCUAAAUGUGCUGUUAUAGUCUAUUUUCAUGGUGGCGCAUACAAUGGAGACUCUGCUACAAUGUUUCCGGACAAUUUCAUAUUGGAGAGAUACGUUGCGGAAGACGUAAUUUUAGCAAUUCCUGGAGUUCGAUUAGGAGUGUUUGGACAGUUAUAUUUUGGUCCAAGUGCUCUUCUAACUGAGAAUCUUUUCAUGUUUGACGCGGUUCAAGCGCUUGACUUUGUUCACAACGAAAUACCAAACUUUGGUGGUGACCCAAAACAAGUGACCAUCAUGGGACACUCUUCAGGCGGAACACUUGUAGAAGCCUUGGGAUUUUCAAAUUCUGUUGACCCAGACUUGAAGUUGUUCCAGCAAAUUAUCGUUUUAAGUGGCACAGGGAUGUUUGGAUUUUACGACUUGCUGGUUGACAACUCGUUUAUUAUUUCUGAAAAAUUAGGGUGUUUCAACGGCACACAGGAAGAGCGCACCGACGCAAAUAUUGCUGAAAUUCUUGAAUGCAUGAGACAAAUUGAUGGCCAUGAAAUAGUAGGAAUGCAAAAACAUAUGGAAGAUGUUUACAAGUUGACUUUUAAGAGUCUUUUGAGAGGAGCACCAUUCAUGGAAUUGAAUGGGAAAAUUGAAAAGUUCAGAAAUUCAACAUCGCCAAGAAAUGCAAUCUUUGGAACGACAGAAUAUGAGUUUCGCAACGAAGUGGAGAGAUAUCUCUAUAUCACAACAACAUUUUUAGAUUUUGAAAAUCCAGUAGCAGUUGCUCAACAUUUUGACGAUGAGCUGAUGCAGAACAUGGAUACCAUGAUCAAUGGAGAUGCCGUAUCAAUAUUCGUAUCAGCUGCAGCUUUUUCUUCAGCAAUGGCUAAUGCGGGUGCAGACGUUUACCUUUUCGAGACCCGACAAUGGCCCUACAGUUUUCACGUUUCUGAUAUGCAAUACUUUAUUGGCAUUCAUAGAGAAGUUUUGCACACUCAUGAUAUGGAUAUUUUGGAUAGUUUCUAUUCGAAGCUGCUGGUCAAUUUCACUAAAACAGGAGCGCCAUCUCCUGAAUGGAACUCCCUGGAACCAGAAAAGAUGAACUAUUUGGAAUUGAGAGUUGAUACCAGAAAUGGCAAAGGUCCAGUAAUGCUUGAAGGCUAUCACGAUAAAGAAGUUUCUUUCUGGUACGGAGAUAUGAUGGACUAUGACAGGAACAUCACGAAAAUGAGACAAUCUAAAGGGUUACCACGUGAAAACCAAGGUGUAGAAUCACAGUUGAAAUACUGGAGCUCCAUAGUUGAACCAAGAACUACUGCACACGCAAACAAUGCGACUCAAGAAAACAUUUCUACAAGCACCAAUGUCCUAUUCACCUCCACAGCUCAAUACAUAUCGCGAGAAUUCAAAAAUAGUACACCAAUUCUUCAACAAUGGUGGUUCUACUUGAUUAUAGCUUUAGUUGUUAUGAUUUUUGUAUUGAUUUUUAUUUCCCUUCGGAAACCAAGACGAGAAGAAGAAGUUCCUUUAUUGAGUUAGAAAAUUAAAGUUAAUUUCUUGAACGUACGGUGAAUAUAACUAUUUUUUAUUAUUUAUUUAUUUUUGAAUAUUGUUUCACAACAGAGUGAAACUUUUCAACGUUUUGAUUGUAAUAAAAAAUUUUAUAAAAUUCAA